UACGAAGUCACCGUGGAGAUCGUCGACAUGUCCAAGGGCCUCAUGAAGAUGGCCGGGGAAGUGAUGCUCGGCGUGAAGCUCGACGGCGUGUUCCAUUGCAACGUCCACGUCCACGGGAAGACGACCUGGUUUCACUUGGACGGCGCGCACAGCGGGCCCGCGGCGCCCGGCGACGGGGCGCACGUGACCUUCGAGGCGCGCGGCCGCACUUCGCGCACGGCCGACGAUGUCGACGAGUGGUUCGCGGCUUCGCCGUACGCCGCGGACAACUACGACCUCUGGUCGCGCAACUGCAACCACUUCGCCGACGCGCUCCUCGCGUUCCUCGGCGUCGCGCCUCUACCGGCCAUGGUCACGGAGGUACCCGCCAAGGUCCUCGCGUCGCCGAUGGGCGCGAUGCUGCGGCCGACCAUCGAC